AUGCGACCCUCCACCCCGCUGUCGGCAGCCCUUCCCCCGCUGGUAAUGGGCACAGCAACCUUCAACUCGCAGUAUAAUGCAGACCCAUAUGCCCUCCCAACCACCGAACUAGUCCAGCGCGCACUAUCUAGCGGUAUCCGCGCCUUCGAUACAUCCCCUUACUACGGCCCUGCCGAAGAACUACUUGGUCGCGCCCUAGCCACAGAUUAUGUGCAAUCCCACUUCCCACGAAACACCUACCACCUCCUCACAAAAGUCGGUCGCAUCGCCUCUUCCUCAUUUGAUUACUCUCCAGCAUGGAUAAGACAUAGUGUUCGUCGCAGUCUGAACCGUCUACAUACAUCGUACCUAGAUGUAGUUUACUGCCACGAUGUGGAAUUCGUCUCCCCGUCCGAGGUCCUCACUGCUGUUCGUGAACUCCGUCGCCUUCGCGAUGAGGAGGGAAUUCUUCACUAUGUUGGUAUCUCAGGUUACCCCGUUGAUGUUUUAAGUGAUCUUUCUGAAAUGAUCCUUGGUGAAACGGGUGAACCACUUGAUAUCGUUAUGUCCUAUGCGAACUUCACGCUGCAGAAUACACGGCUUCGCUCGCUUGCCUUGCCGCGUUUACUCGCUGCCGGUGUGGAUGUUGUCCCGAAUGCCUCGCCACUGGGUAUGGGAUUACUUCGUCGUGAUGGUGUGCCGAUUGGUUCGAUGGGCGAUUUUCAUCCUGCGCCGGAUGCGUUACGUCGUGCUAUUCAGGAGGCGGCGGACUGUGCCACGAAGUAUGGGGAGAAAUUGGAGGUUGUGGCGAUUCGAUUUGCCUUGGAAACAUGGUUAAGGGCUGGUGCGAAGGCUGGCGGUUUGGGUGCGCCGUUAGCUAGGACAGCGGAUGCGGAUCCGGGCUUCUUAUCUGUUGCUAAUAUUGGGACUGGGAAGAAGCUGGGUGUCAGUGUGAUGGGCGUGAGUAACUUUGCAGAGCUGGAUGAGACACUACGCGUUUGGCAGAGUAUUUUGGAUGGUCUGGAGAACUGGAAUGAGGAGGAUGAGGAUGAGGAUCUUGAGGCUAGGAUUCAAUCUGCUGGUCCUUGUACGCCUGUGGAUGCGGAUACUGGUGCUGUUUCUUCUGUGGCUAAUCUGCCUACUCCCUCUGAGGGUCUUGUCACGGAUCGCGCAUGGUCUCAGGAGCGCCAGGCUAGUAUCCUGCAGUUGGCCAAGGAGAUCAGAGAUAUUCUGGGCCCUGAAUGGGUGGAUUACGUAUGGGCUAGUCCUGGGGCAGACUUUCAAAAUUGUCUGUCUGAGGAACACCUUGCUACUUUGCAGAGGAUUUCUGCGGAAGAGGCCCAAGGGAAAACAAAUCUUCCAGUUGUUGAGUCAAGGAGCAUUGAAGGAGAUGCCUUGCUUACGCCCCCGCUGGAUGCAGAGAACCAAAUUGCCUAA